GGCUUUUCCCUUUCUUUGCAGGUCUGCUAGCUUGGCGACGACGAGGAAACAGCCGCGGUGUAGGGAAUCGGAAAAACGGGGGAAUUCGGGGAGUUUACGCGGCAGGAAAAUCACCAGUGCUCUGUGUGUGUAUGUGCAUAAACCGUCGCCUUUCUUCGCGCGCCGACAAGGCAAACACCGUGAACCAAGCGGAGCACACGGCGCUGUCGGAUUUCUAUUUUCAGUCUCUGGCACUCGCAGCUGAACUGUCUAGCUCCUUUGCUUGUGGUUCAGCGAGGCGAUUUGCAUCAGACAGAAACGAACGCAGGUCCCGUUCGUCUCCCGUCUUUUGCUUGACUGGACGUCUCUCUACUAUGUCCGCUGGAGAGGAAAGACGUCUGCUGUGUGUCUCCUGUCGACCUUUCCAGCGCGUUCUAGGCGCCUUUCUUUCUCUUUCAAUCGACGUCUUUUUCCACCGUCCUUGACAGCGUUCUCGACACUUGAUUUGCCUUCUCCUCCCUCUCCAGGUUCCGUUCAAGACGCUCCUCCACCGGCGGAGGCGCGUUCUGAGGUAGCGCGACGCCACAGCUUUUCACAGGGGCGGCGGUUUCUUCUCGGGGGUGUCUUUCUCUGCAGAGUCUGCUGACACCGCCCUUCGCGUCCCCCCUUUUCCACUUCUUAGUCGUUUUCCUUCUUCUUCCGGGGAGUCUGCGCUUCUCGCUCUCCUCCCCAUCCUUCCUCCUCCUGCUCUGCACUUUUCCGCAGGCUCGUUCCCGGUGUGUGUCGAAGUUCAAGCAAGAAGCCUCGCUUCUCAAAGCUCGACGCCGAUCCCUCGGAAGCCUGACGUCUCUGGUUCGCGCGUUUCGCUGGUCGGCCCUCUCCCAAGUCCACGUUCCCCCGUUUUUUGUCCUCUGACUCCACUUUCUCCUUUUCUCGCGUCUCUCGCAUCUGACGCUUCCUCCUCGACAGAAAGAAUCCUCCAGUGGUGCUCUGGGUUCUCGCUCUUGUCGCGCGACCGCCUGCGGCAGAAACGCCAGUUUUUUCUUCAGACCGGAAGCCGCAUGCAGAGACAUUGGACCAACAGUCGAAACAAGCAAAUCAACCGUGGCGGAUGGACGUUGAACGGACGUUUCGGUGACUUUUUUCUCGUUGAAACGCGCGGAACGAAGUUUCCAAGUUCAAAUGGGAGAAACUCGCCGCAAACUCCUGUGUGGCCAAGGACCUUUCUUCUCCCUCCGCUGAAAAACGUCUGAGAUUUCGCGUCCCUCUCGCCUUGCCCGACGGACAGCCGGCCGCGCUGCAUUCUUUCUCUGUCCUUAGAGAAAACUUGUCUUUCUCUUCUCUCGUAGUGUCUUUUCUUCUUCAUUCGCCGUUCGUCUGUAGCUCUCUCCGUCUAUAUCCGGGUGGCAUCCUUCGAGUCUACACCCGCGGUUCGACUUGCGUCUCUGUCCCCUUCCAUCUCUCUGUAGGUCUGUCUCUCUGUGUCUCAGUCUCUCCACACUCUCACCACACUCUCUCCCUCCGACCGCCGGUCUGUGUGUCUCUUUUCGCUUCUCUGCCUGGAAAGCGCGUCUCCGCUUCUUUCUCCACUCUUCGUCACCAUGAGAGGUUUCGAAUCUGCUGAGGACCGCGCGUACUCUCGCCCUGGACAGUCGGGGGCGUCGGGAAACGCCAGCGACCUCGACUCUCGAGCAGUGGACCGGACUCCAGGCGAGCUUCCGAAGACUCUUCACUUCAAGCUGGUUCUGUUGGGAGACACUAGCGUCGGCAAAAGCUGCUUGGUCGUCCGCUUCGCGAAAGACGAGUUCUACGAAUAUCAAGAAAGCACGAUCGGCGCCGCGUUCAUGACGCAGUCGGUGAAUCUGGGGAGCUGCAUCGUGAAGUUCGAGAUCUGGGAUACCGCCGGACAAGAAAGAUAUCGAUCUCUCGCGCCCAUGUACUACAGAGGCGCAGCGGCAGCAGUGGUUGUUUACGACAUUUCGAAUCGGGACAGUUUCCAAGGUGCAAAGUCGUGGGUUCAGGAACUCCAAAGUGUGAACGACCGGUCGAACGUCGUCAUUGCGCUCGCGGGGAACAAAGAGGACCUCGCUGCAGAACGCCAAGUGCCGAAGCAGGAGGCGCAGCAGUACGCGGACGAACAUGGCAUCCUCUUUCUCGAGACGAGUGCCAAGACAGGUCACAAUGUGAACGAACUCUUCUACGAAAUCGCGGCGGCCCUGCCGAAGACCCGCAAAGAGCACGAUCCGCAUGCAGGCUUUCAACUGAACAAGACGCAAGAACAGAAGUCUUCUUCGAGCUCGUGGUGUGCAUGUGGAGGCAAAAGUUGAAGCUUUCGUUUGUUCGAACCUCCUGUUUCUGUAAGAACUGUUUCUCGGCUUUGAGGACUGAGGCCUUCGACUCUUUGUUUUCGAUUUUAAAGGACUCCAGCAAAGGUUGUCGCUUCUCCGGUGUCUCAGGCUGCUUUUUCCUGCCCUGUGGUCUCUAAUCCAGAGACGGUGUUGAGCUCACGGAUCUUUCCGCGCUUCCGCGGCUGCUCUCUCGCUUGUUCCCUAGUUUUCUCUCUUCGUCUUCCUCUCCGUUUCUUCUCUUUCUUUCUCUCUUUUCUGGCUUCCCUCCUUCUUUCUCUGUGUUGCUCGCUGUGUCUGCUGCUUCUCCUUUCUGUCGUUCUACCUCUCUCUCUCUCUCUCCGCGUCCUUUCUCUCUUCUGCACUUGUUCCUUUCCUCCGUUUCCUCCGUCUUUCUCUCUCUGCCCGUUUUCUCUUCUGCUGGAGCUCUCGUCCUCCGAGCGUUGCCUUCUCUCCCGAGUUUCGCCUCGCCGUGUGUGAGGCUCUCAGCUCCGGAAGCCUAGACGCUCAGGGUGUUGGUGCUUGAACGGGGGCCUCUCUUUUCUCCUCUUUCUCGGAACCUCACAGCCUAUAACGCAAUUGGGCAGCGC